UUGAGUAAUUCAGGGGUGGAUAACUUACAAAACCCCAGUUAAUGAAAAUCCUGUGUCAGAGCAGACAAAGACCGAGAAGCUUCACAAUGAAGCUCCACAUCAUUUCUGUGCUGCUCCUGAUCUUCACCGUGGCGUCAGAAUGUACUGCGAACGACAGAUUCUUCAUCUCGGCCCCCGGCGUGUUUCAUGUAGGUGUUAAGGAGAAAGUUUUUAUCCAGUUGGGGAGGAAUCAUCUUAACAGGCCUGUUACUCUCUACUUGGAGCAUGAGGCCUCCAGCACUGUUGUAUCUGAGAAGAAAACUGCAACAUGCACUGAUGAACGUCAGGGUCAAACUGUUGAACUUAUGAUAAACACAGAGACGAUGUCAACAUUCCAGUACAAAAAUGUCCCUCCUUACCUUUUGCUGGUGGCAGAGAGCAGCUCUCUCGCCCAGAGGAAGAUAACAAAGGUCCUGGUGUCAAAACACAGGGGCUACAUCUUCAUUCAGACCAAUCAGCCGAUGUACAACCCGGAUCAGAAAGUUCAGUGUAGGAUAUUCACUCUUGACCACACAAUGCGGCCUCAUGAGGAAUUGUUCCACUUGUCAAUAAUUAACGCGGCUGGAAACACCAUCAUGAAGUCCCUCAAGACGGCGAAGGGAGGAAUAUUUAAACACGUCUUUGACAUACCCGACGUCUCAAAAAUGGGGACGUGGAAGAUUAAAGCACACUAUGAAGGGGAUGAAGGAAAUGCUGUGUUUCGAGAGUUCAAAGUUCAGAAAUUUGUCUUACCAAGUUUUGAGGUGAGCAUCGCUAUGGAGCACAGCUAUGUUCUGCUGAGUGCAAAGGAGUUUGUCUUCACCAUCUCAGCCAUUUAUUCAAGAGGUGACAAAGUGAAGGGGGCCUAUCACUGCCAGUUUGGAGUGGCAAACAGGGAAAGAACCAAAAAGCAGAUUGUCAGUGGGCUGGAGCUGACUGGUUCGAUCGAGAGUGGAAGUGCAAGAGUGUCUAUAAGCAUAGCAGAGAUAAGUGAGAAGCUCAAAACCCAAACCCUGCAGGACCUACAGCAACGUGGAGCCCAACUCUACUUGGGAGUAUUUGUGACCAACAUAAAAAGUGGGGAAAUGCAGAAGGCUGAAGCGUACCUUCCUGUCAUCUCCAAUAAAUACACCAUGGAUCUCUCUCGAACUCGGUCCUAUUUCGUUCCCGGAUACCCGCUAGACGUGGUGGUGGUCAUGCGCCUCCCAGACGGUUCUCCGGCGCCUGGCGUUCCAGUAGACAUUUCAGUCGAAGCUUCAGCUGAUCGACCAUGGAGCGGCACCACUGACAAUGACGGAGCAGCAUCAACUGUCUUUAACAUUAACACGCCACCGUCACUAACUGUCAAAGUGACUGCAGAUGGCAUUGAACAAACUAAAGAGAUUAAAAUGAUGUCAUCUCCGAGUAAAAGCUACCUUUACCUGGAUGUGACCCACAAGGUGUAUUCAGUAAACGAGUUACUAUCCGUAACAUUUAACACCAAGAACAGCCCAGCGUCGGGGUCAAUACACUACAUGGUUCUAAGUCGUGGGAUCCUGGUGAAACACGGCUCUCUCCCACUUGGAAGCUCCAUUAAGGACAACUGGUUGAUAACGAGCGACAUGGUGCCCUCUUUUCGUCUGAUUGGCUACUUCCACAACCAGCAGGGUGACAUCAUCGCUGACUCGGUGUGGAUAGAUGUCAGGGAUGCAUGUGAGAUAAAGGUUAAGGUAGAAGCAAAGCAACCGUUCAUUCCAGGGAAAAGUGCAGUCCUGAACUUGGAUUUGAAUGGUGAGGCAGCCAAAGUGGCCCUGCUGGCUGUGGAUAAGGCCUUUUACGGGCUGCAGGCUGAUAAUAAGCUCACAGGCAAACAGGUUUUUUCCACCAUGCAGUCGUAUGAUCUUGGCUGUUCGUACGGUGGAGGAGCCGAUUCCACGUCCGUCCUACGAGACGCUGGACUGUCAUUUGUGGCUCAGACCUCGGCUGACUGGAAAAAGAGUUUCGAUUGUGGUUCUACACGACAAAGACGAUCUGUGGACCUCGAGCAGGAAAUGCUGACCUUCAAAUCUAGGUUUUCGGACGAAACUCUCCAAGAGUGUUGCGUUCAUGGGUUUUCUCUCAUCCCUAUGAGUCUGUCGUGUGAGCAAAGAGCAGAGAGGGUCUCUGUGGUGAAAAAGGACCAAGCUUGCACUGAUGCCUUCCUAAAAUGCUGCGUUGAAGCGGAGCGUCUGAGACAAAUACAGAUCCAAGAGGACGCCCUGAAGGGACUCAGCCGCACGGCGAGCAGAGCGGACAUUGAGGAUUUCUUCAUGGACACUUACAACCAGUACAUUCGUCGACAUUUCCCUGAGAGCUUUUCAUUCAUAGAGAUCGAUGUAAAAGGAACAACAAGCCACCGCUUGCCCCUGCCUGAUUCCAUCACCACGUGGGAGAUUCAGAUCGUCACUUUAUCACCAAACUCUGGUUUUUGCGUGGUUGAACCAGCUGAGGUCAAAGUCACCAAGACGACCUUCGUGUCUCUGAGGCUGCCGAUCUCAGUGAAGAAAUACGAGCAAAUCUCCCUCUCGCCUGUGAUCUACAACUAUGGCGAUGAACCAUUGCAUGUGGCGGUUCAUUUGGAACAAACCCACGGACUCUGCACCCCCGGUUCAGCCACCACCACUGCUUUUGUUAACAUCACUGUGGCGCCGUCGUCCUCCCAGUUUGUCACUUUCUCUGCUGUCCCCAUGGUAACUGGCUUAGUGCCCAUCAAGAUACGCCUGUAUGACAUAGAGAAUGAGAUGGGGCUAGAUGCUAUUGAAAAGCAUUUGAAUGUGAAGACUGAAGGUUUAGAAAUGAGAGAGGAAGCAAUCAAACUCAUUAAAUUAGAUGGAAAGAACUCUAGGACUUUCAAAUAUAAUGGAACUUUACCUGAUGGAACAGUUCCCGACUCCAGCUCCAGUGUUUUCAUUUCAAUGGAAGGGAAUGGAUUUGGUAACGCACAAGCCAAUUACCUUCUUUCACCUGAGGUGGUUGCUAAACUCAUUGUAUUGCCCACGGGAUGUUUGGAACAGACCAUGGCAAAACUGGCCCCGACGACCUUUGCCCUUCGCUACCUUGACCUGAGUGAGCAGUGGUUUAACCUGCCUGCUGGGAAAAGAGAUGACACGCUUGAUAAAAUUGAACAAGGGUAUAUGAAUAUUUUAACAUACAAGAUGAAUGAUCAGUCAUAUGGACUGUAUGGAAGAACAUCCCCCAAUAACUGGGUGACGGCACUGGUGGUUAAAGUGCUGUCAAUGGUGGCAGAGCGGCAGGUGGGAGCACAAGGCAGGGCCACUAAAGUGGUACCAGCAGUGGAAAUCCAGAAACCAGUCAGAUACCUGCGGUCGGUGCAGAAGAGCGACGGGACCUACACUGACGCUGAGAUGGUGCUGCACAGAGGAGUCCUGAAAGGCAGCGACCAAACUGCAUCCCUGACGGCCUUCAUAACGAUCGCACUGCACCGGUCCCUUCCGUUCCUGCAACGUGAAGAUCGCGCUAAUGUGGAAGCAAGCAUUUCAAAAUCAAAAACAUACCUCCUGUCACAAUUUGACAACCUUCAGCAUCCCUAUGCUGUAGCCAUCACAGCCUAUUGCCUUACAUUCUGCACGCCAGAGGGAAUUCAAGGGGAGGACCUCUGGAGGAAACUUCAAGCAAUGUCUAUGAAAGUUUCGGAUGAGUAUGACUGUUAUCUAUGGUCAACUGAUGCCAAUGCAAAGAAUAGGAAAAGGGGAAAAGCCAUCACGGUGGAGACUACAGCCUACGCUCUCCUCACUGCAAUAACACUGAAGAAGGUGAAGUGGGCCACAGGGGCAGCCUGCUGGUUAUCCACUCAGGAAAGCUAUUCUGGAUUUUUCAUAUCCACACAGGACACUAUCAUGGCGCUGCAAGCUCUUUCUGAGUAUGAGCUCUUCAAGGCCGACAGCCCCCAAACAAACGCCGUAGCAGAGUUUACAGUCUUAGGAAAAAAAGACAUUAUUUCUCUGGAACUGAAAGAUAACAAGGAGAAAGUGGAAACAGACCUGAAGAAACUUACAGGGAACGAAAUCAAUGUGCAGUUGACGGGAACUGGAGAAGCCAAACUGAAAAUUGUAAAGGCCUACUAUCUGCUGGACUCUAAGGAUGACUGUGACAAACUGUCCAUCACAGUCACAGUGCAGGGAAAAGUGAAGUACACAGCCAAAAUCCCAAUCAUCUACGAAUACUAUGAGGACUAUAAGGACGAGGAGGCAAAUGCACGGGUGUCACGAUCGGCGGACGAGGAGUAUGUAGCUCACGCUCGAAACAAGAGAGAGGCUGAUCCCGAACAAAGCUCUGAGGACAUCACCUACACAGUCUGCGUCCGCCACAGCCCGACCUACAUACUGACAGGCAUGGGCAUCGCUGACAUCACGCUGCUCAGCGGGUUCGAGGCUGUGAUUGAGGACCUGGACAGGCUCAAAGACUCGUCCGAGGCCUACAUUUCCCAUUAUGAGGUCACAUAUGGAAGAGUGCUGCUGUACUUCGACAAGCUCUUUCAGCCGGAGGAGUGCAUUAGCUUCAGCGCCGUGCAGAGAGUGCCAAUAGGCCUCCUCCAGCCCGCUCCGGCUGUCUUCUAUGACUAUUAUGAACCAAGCAGAAAGUGCACGAGAUUCUACUCUGCCCCCCUAAGAAGCAAAUUGGUCUCCAAACUGUGUUCAGAGGACGUGUGCCAAUGUGCAGAAAGACCCUGCCACAAGAAAAAAUUGACUUUCAAUAGAAAAGUGAAAGCCCUUACGAAGGCUGACCGUGCAGAGCAUGCAUGCUUCUACCCUACAGUAGAUUACGCAUAUAUGGUGGAAGUUGUCAACGUUUCCACAAAGAGCAACUUUGAGCUGUACGAAACCAAAGUAACCGAUGUACUCAGAUCCCAUGGAGAUGCGCCUGUGACAAAAAAUUCUGUUCGAGUGUUUGCCAAGAGGCGUCAUUGUAAAGAAGACCUGGAUUUGGGAAAAGAGUAUCUCAUCAUGGGCAAAGACGGAGCCACGACCGACUCGGAUGGAGAGAUGCAGUAUCUGUUGGAAGCCAACACCUGGGUUGAACUAAAGCCUUCGGACGAAAAAUGUGGAAAAACUGCAAAUCAGCCUUUGUGCAAAGGGUUUAAUGACUUUGUAACUGAGUACAAGGUGGACGGGUGCAGGCAGUGACGUUCAUGCUCAGUUUUGUUCGUUCAAGUCUAACAGUAGCUAAGUUUUAUUGAAUCACCACAUUAUGUAUCAAGUCCACUAUAGCAUAGUUAUAUAGAAUCUACUACUUCAGUGUAACCAGUGCUUGAAUAAACAAACAUGGCCGACAGAAAAAUAAAAACGAAGAGCAUCAAUACA